AUGGAAAAUGCAUAUGAAUAUUUUAAACAAUUUGGAUUGGAAACCGAAUCCUCUUAUCCGUACAGGGCUGUGGAAGGUCAGUGUCGAUACAAUAGGCAGUUUGUAGUUGCCAAUAUGACUGGCUACUAUACUGUGCAUUCUGGCAGUGAGAUAGGAUUGAAAAAUUUAGUCGGCGCCGAAGGACCUGCUGCGGUCGCUGUGGAUGUUGAAUCUGACUUCAUGAUGUACAGGAGUGGUUUACUGAUUGCUAUUGGCCCAGUCCCACUGGCCAGCGUGUUUGCCUUAUCCGGGUAA